UUCAACCUCAGACACACUUGUGUCAGUCAGCACGGCCACAGCCAUUACUUCCUGUGCGGAAACUAUUUCUGGUGUGUAGGAGGCCGGGCCAGGUUUAAACCUGACUGCACGACAGCUACACCGUCAUACAGACACAUUUGAGUUCCUUUUAUUUUCAUAUGAAUAUAGUUUACUAUUUGUUGCCUUCGUAGCCUUCAGAUGUAGAUACUCACUACCGGUGUGAUGGAGGAUUUUUCUAAAUAUUUGGGUAUCAACUGGACCUUUUUUCUGACUUGUUGCAUGUUCUGGAUUUUCUCACCAGCAGAAGGAAACAACAUCUCGAGGGAGGUGGGCAGCCCAGCGAUCCUGCACUGUAACAUCAUUUCAAACAGCACGCUCAAUCAGCUGACAUGGAAGAUGAACACAGUGCUCAUUUUCAGUUUCAGGCCAAAGGAAAGUUUACACAAGAGUGAAGAAGCUAAACGACUGAACAUUAAUAUGUCAGAGAGCCGCCCGUACGCCCUGGUCAUAGAAAGAGUCCAGAAAUCUCACGAAGGGAACUACACCUGUGAGAUCAGCACGGUGUUGGGAGUUGACGAAUGUAAAUGGGAGCUGAAAAUCACUGAGGAAGCGGUACCUGGAAAUCUAAACAAGCUGAUGAUUGUUGCGGCAGUUGUUGUCCCUUGUGUGUGUUGCUUGAUUUUGAUACUGGCUUUAAUCAUUCUGUAUCGAUGUCAUAAACAACAUGCAGAGAACUGUUCUCGCACCUCAGAAAUGCAGCCAGAAGAAGUUAUUUAUGAAAACUGUCUGGAAAAUGAUGUCAUACGACAACAACAUGGCUAUAUUCAGCCUCUCCCUUUCACUAGGUCUAGACGAGGAGGGGUUCAGUACUGAGCAGGUAGAGGAUCGUCUAUUUGUUGAGUCUUUUUGUUGAAAACAUAUGCCUUGUGGCUGUUUCUCUAAAUGAAGGCAGAAGAUGAAAACAAUGUGCCAGAAGACGCUACAGCACUGUGGAUCCGAGGGAAACAACACCUUCUACCCUUCCUUUUUUUUUGGUUUACCUUUAUUUAACCAGAAUUGGUCUCAUUGAGAUUAAAAAUCUAUUUUACAAGAGAGUCCUGGCCCAAGAAUGGUUACAGCACAGUUACAGACCAUUUUAAAACACACAAUCACAACACAGUCAUACACCAAGUUUAUCCAAAGCAUUUACAGACACAGCGGCCUGCUUCAAGGUCAGUCAGUAGCUUGUAGUCUGUUUAAACCAGCUCUCUGAGUUUCAGCUCAGUUUGAAGCUGGUUCCAUGCUUCAGGAGUAGCGUAACUGAACGCCCUCUUCCCCAGUUCACAAUCAGAUUUAGGGGAACCAAAUUAGGGAAUGCCUGUCAGAAUAGCGUACCUGUAUUAAGUGUUACAAAAACCACAGAAAAAAACUAUUUAUCUACUUUUUGUAACAGUUGUUCACUAUGUAUAACCAUAAUAUAUACACAUACAUGUCCUUCUUUUUAUACAUUUGUGUUAUAUGUUAAUAUAAUAUGCUGUUGUUAUGGUUUGCCAUCAGUAUUGAAUUCCUAAUAUUUCUUGUAUAUUAAUCUUGUGUUGUCUAUAAAAUUGUGAAUUCUAACAUUAUUUAGGGCGAGGCUUAAAAAAAAAAGCCCACUGGGUUUUCUGCCUUUGCCUGUACUGUAUAUUAUUUAACUGUUAUGUUAACAUUUUGAAUGUAGUUCAUUAAAGGUACAUUGCUACCAAAAAGACUAUGAGGAGUUCAGCAGAUAGAUGUGAAUACAAAGAAAACUGUUGAAAAAAAAAUGAUUGAUGAGGAUAUCAAAGGGAGUCCUGAAGAGCAGCUAAGCUUCAACAGCUCACACACAUAUCCCAUGAAGCUUAGAUUCUCUGUACGCUUCUGUAGAUAAUGGUAGUAAAGCUUAAGGGAGUUUACCAGUCAUGUGAUACUGCGACCAUAAGAUCACCAUGCGCGACUCAAUGGCGUCUUUUAUUACCAUGUCUGGCUCUUUAAUAACCAUUUAUAGGAAACGCCCAAAUUCCAGGCUUUUAAUUAAAGUUAUUAAAAGUC